ACCGACACAUAGGCGGCGUGAACGCAUGAUGUCGCAGUCUCAAGACUGACAGGGGAAUUAUCUGAAGCUGACGCGACUUCUUUUCCAAGCUUGUUGGCAACCAGCUUAUAUUUGCAGUAAUAUUUAACAAACGAGCUUGGCUAAUGUAUAGAUAGUCGUUUGUGAUUCAUUUGUGAAGCAAAAUGCUAGGGGGCAGUUACCUGACUAACUAAAGGUUAGUUAAAAUUUAGUAGCUAGCUAAUGCUAGAGUUGAGUAGUGUUAGUGAGCUAGGUAGGCGUCUUGGGACUUGUUGGACUUUUGAGACGGCUGUUUGAAAUUAUGCAAAGCGCUGUGUAUGAGUAGGGCAAAAGAAGAAGUCUACGUGCAUCGAAAGCCAUCGUAUUGUAGCCCAACUACCCGUUUGGCCGCAGUGUAUUUGCGCUAACUCUCUAAUAUGAGUUCUUUGGCUGAACUGUUAGCCGCUUGAGUAUGUAGCUAGCUAAGAGUAACGACACUCCAGCUAACCAAAGCUGCUUUCAACGCCCGGGGGAUUGUUUUGAAACUACUACAGGGCAAGAGUCAAUCAGGGACUAAAACAAUGGAAACCACGAGCACAAAAAAUAUUUAUGCAAGUCGCAAACGGAGGAAGCCCGCCCUGAAAAGUGUGAAGGAGUCUUCAGCUGAAGCUGCAAAGUCAAAUCCCUCUAAGAGGCACCGUGAUCGACUGAAUGGAGAACUGGACCGGCUGGCCAGCCUGCUGCCUUUUCAACAGGAUGUCAUCACUAAACUGGACAAACUAACAGUUCUCAGGCUGAGCGUUGGCUGUCUGCGAGCCAAGAGUCAUUUCAGAACUGUCCUGAAAACCAGCAGCUCUAAUCAACCAGCAAACAAUGAUGCAAAAACACAUGUUCAGGAGUUGCCAGAAGGUGAACUACUGUUACAGGUCAUAAAUGGAUUUGUAUUGGUGGUCACCUCUAAUGGUACAGUUUUUUAUGUCUCUUCAACUGUUCAGGACUAUCUCGGGUUCCAGCAGACAGAUAUCAUCCAUCAGAGUGUUUAUGACCUUAUUCACACAGAAGACAGGGCUGAGUUUCACAGGCAACUCCACUGGGCUCUCAACCCCAGUAACUCUCCAGACACUGGGCAACUAGUGCAAGCUACCCAAGAUUCACAGUUACCCCAUACAUAUUACAACCCUGAGCAGUUACCACCAGAGAACUCUGCCUUUCUGGAACGAAAUUUCAUGUGCAGGUUAAGAUGUCUACUGAACAACUCAUCUGGCUUUCUGGCCAUGAACUUUCAGGGCCGUUUAAAGUUCUUGCAUGGUCAGAAUGAAAAGACUCCAGAGGGCAAACCCAUUCCACCUCAGCUGGCCUUAUUUGCCCUGGCCUGUCCACUCCAGCCACCCUCCAUUCUGGAGAUCCGUGCCAAAAACUUCAUCUUCAGGACCAAACACAAACUGGACUUUACCCCAACUGCAUGCGAUGCCAAAGGGAAGAUUGUGCUGGGCUACACAGAGGCAGAGCUGUGCUACCGUGGCUCAGGCUACCAAUUUAUUCAUGCAGCAGACAUGCUAUACUGUGCUGAGAAUCACAUACGCAUGAUAAAGACGGGUGAGAGUGGGUUGACUGUAUUUAGGCUGCUUACCAAACAGAGUGGCUGGGUUUGGGUGCAGGCUAAUGCCAGACUCAUCUACAAAAACGGCCGACCUGACUUUAUCAUUGCCUCUCAAAGAGUACUUACGGACGAAGAAGGAGAAGAAACCCUAAAGAAGCGUAGCCUCAUGCUCCCCUUCAGCUUCACCACAGGAGAGGCUGUACUGUAUGACAUGAACCUGACCAAGUCCCUUAGUGGAACUCCCUCUGGCCCAGAAUCUAUUCCAUCUGUUGCUCCAGGAGACAGUAACCAACUGAAACUCCCUAGUGGACUAGAUCCCAACUCUCUCUUGGGCUCUAUGCUGAAACAAGAUGAGUCUAUCUAUGUGAGCCCUUCAGGUUCAGAUGAGCCGAUGAGAACUCGGGACCCUGAGGAAGAGGAGGAGGAGCUUGGUGGGAUCUUUUCCAGUAACUGGCAAAAGAACAUUCUUUCUCUCCCUGAGACCUCUCUCUUUAAACCAGAUCCUGCCAUCAGCUCUGGAGGAGAAGAGAGCAGCUGUGAGCUCAUGAGCUUCAUGGGCAGUCUGGGGAUCACUCCAGAAGAUUUAGACCUUCUACAACAAGAAGAGCUGUUCCUUAACAUAGAGCUGGAUGGUCAAUAUGGCUUCGAAGACUUUACUGAUGAUGUUCUCUCCUAUGUGCAAGAGUCUCUUAGGAAUAAGGUGGACUUUGCACUUCCCAGCAGCAUUCAGGCCAAUCUGGAGGAGAGGUGUCUCCCUAGUAUUGCACCUCAGCCACAGCCUCCAUCACAGCCAUCAAUGAUCCCAUGGUCACAGAGUCAGCAGCUAUUUUUACAUAGUCCUUUAAUGUCACAGUCCCAGCAGCAACACUCUUCUUUUCUUGUUGAGCCUUCAGAGCCAAAGAUGCAACAGUUUAUACCAAAGCAAUCCUAUUCACAACCUCAGCAAUCCCCUUCUAUGCAAGAUAGGCAGCAAAAUCAUCAGGGGUCUCUUCAAGCACAGGCUCAUCUAUACAAACAGCCAAGCAUAACACCACCUGGACUUCAGUUGAAUCCACAACAGCAGUCAGCAGUGAACCACAAGCAUGUAUACCAACCUGAGCUUUCAUGCUUCUUUUGCCCUGAGAAGGAAGUGUAUCAUACACUGAAUCAUCCUGAGGUGAAUGGCAGUGACAGUGUUUCUGUUACUGAGAGCAGCUCCAUUGACCAGCGGCUGCCAGUUGUCUUACAGUCUGGAUUGCAACAACCUGGAAGCUUUUACCUUGAAACCAACCAUUUGCCUCAGGGAUGUCCCUAUAUGAACCAGUUAAACACUGUGUCUGUUAACUGCAACCAAGAACUUGCCCCCUCUUACAUUCCUACAGGACACUCACAUAUGGGUGAGUAUCUGGAGGAGGUGCUAACCUGCUUGGAUUCUGUGGAUCAUGAGAAGCAUGGGCAGUCUGCAGAGCUCCAUGGAGGAAGUCAUGCACUCUGUGCACAGUCUAGCCUCGAUCAUAGCAUGCUUCAGCAGCCAUACAUAGGCCAGAAUGGUGUGCUUGGAAGUCUUCAGGGGAGCUUUGAAGAGGAGGGUAUUGGCGGCCUCGCAGCACAGCCUCCUCAGCAGCAUUCUAGUGACAGCAGGCCCUACCCAGAUGUCUCCCUGGGAUACAUGUGAACAUACAGCUACAUACUUGUGGUGUAGAGCAGAACAUGAGGAGCUCACAGCCUAGCAGUGCCCAUGCUAGGAGAUGUGAGGAUGAGAAGCUCAGUCAGAACUUUACACAGACCAAUAAAGAAAAAGAAUAAAGGAAAGAAUAGAGAUAGAGGGAGUAGGAGUGGGAAAUGUGAUGGGUGUGUAAGAGGUUCUGAACAACAGCAGACAAGAACAGAACUAAAAGGGUGCUGCAACUGAGCAGAGAUAUUGAAUGGAAAAGGCAAAGAAAAUACCUGAGUGAAUAUGUGAAAUAUUAUCCUGUGAGUCAGAUUGACUGAGCUGUGCUUUAACCCCACAUGUGUGUGUGUGUGUCAGGUGUGUGUGUGGGUGUAUCAUAGAAUGUGGAAUAGUCCUAAGCCUUCUUCUGAGUGAACAAGUCACACUCUUUCACUUGUCUUUUCAUUUGAACCUUUGUCAAGUUGAUUUCUAUCAUCCCAUCUGUAUACAGUGGUCCGAAAUAUUCCUCCAGGACCAUGGUGCAAACAUACAACACAACACAAGAGUGUGGUACACAGGAUUACAUACACUGCAAAAUGUGCAACUGUGUCAGAUGAGUGGAAAAAUUAAUAUGGCACAAUAAAUAACAGAACAGUGCAGGUCAGGGCACUGCCCGUGUGUGUGUGUGUGUGUGUUUAUGUGUGUAAAACUGCACUUAUGGUACAAAAGGCUAAAGCACAUCAUUUUCAUAGCUGUAAUGAUGAAUAAGCCAUGAUACUAUGGAAGCUAAUUACGUUUUUAAUAUGGAAUAUGAUUUGAUGUUAUUAAUUUACUUCUGAUGUGGACUGCUGUGUUUAAAUGUUUUUAAGAUAGACGAGGCCAAAUAUUUUACCUUAAUUAUAAAAUUGUGAAUUUUUCUUUCUGUAAACUGUGAUAUUUUUACAAAGCAAGCAACAAUCAAAUUUCUGCAGUAUUUUGGAUUGUAGUAAUUUUAAGCAGAAAAAGGUUUUGAGCAUUGUACAGUUAGUGGCAGAAUUACGCUGCUUCUCCUAAGUCAUUAACAUGAACAAUGGAGGUUAAUUUGAAAUUAUUUACCAAGGUAUAUUUGUGGUAUUUCCUCAGCACUGUUUAUAUGAAUAUGCAUUGGCAGUUGGAUAUAGGAUAAUAGUACGAUAAUCUGAGAAUCCUACGUAUUUGACAAUCAUUUUAGCAGUUUGUUUUAUACAGUAAUUUAACACUUUGUAAUCUGUUGGACUUUGGAUAAACCUGUUGUUAAAACAUGCUAACACAUGUAGCACUUCUAAACAGGCAUCUGUGAGCUCAGCCAGUGACUUGUGUCUGCAGUAAGUAUGAGAGGAAACAUAAUGUUCUUAACACAUUCAUCUUCAGUAACCACUUUAUCCUGGGCCGGAGGCUGUCCCAGGAACACGUCGCAAAGUGGAAAUACACCCUGGAUAGGACACCUGUCCAUCGCAGGGCAGCAUGUACGCACACAUUGCAACUAAGAGAAAUUUAGAGUAGCCACUCCACUGGCAUGUUUUUUGGGAGGUAACUCAGGUGGACAUUGAGAACAUGCAAAUUGUCUCACAGACAUUAACCCGAGCUCAGGAUCGAAUCAGGGACCCUGGAGCUGUGAAGCAGCAUCACUGCCUGCUGCACCACCGUGCCACCCCUCUAUACAUUCUUUUAAAGAACAGACAACAUUUGUACUGCAUUUGGUUGGCUGACCAUUGUAUUAAUUUGUUAUUGUAUUAAUUAAAUAAUGAUAAUUAAUUGAAUCAUAAAAAAUCUUGGAGUAAAUUACUUAUGCAUUCGCAAACUGUAUUUUUCCACCAUGCUGUUGUUUAGAACAAUUUAUUUCUGUACAAAUUACAUAUGUACAUGAUCACUAUAUGUAAUAUUGAUUCAAAUCUUUAAAUUGAUUAUUGGAAGAUAUUGGUAAAUAUGUUAAUUUAUUGUGUUUUUAUAUUGUUCGAUUUGAUUAUUUUUAUCAUCAACUAAAAUGUCCUCAGAAUGUGUGUGCACAGUGUUGCACUUUGGAUUUUUUCUCUUGAAAUUUCUUCCGUCAAACACAAGAAUGUUACUGCUAACCCAAAUGAUUUAGAUUUCUAAUUUUGUAGGGCCAAACAAACCUAAGGGGAAGAUGAUGAGGAAUAGUUUAGUGAAAUUAAAAAAAAAAAAGAAAAGUGUGAGUGCAAAUAUGGGUGAGUGUGUUAUAUAUACUUUGUAUUACAAAGUAAAUAUUUAUAUAUGAAUGUUUGUGCCUGAGUCCCAGUAUGCCUGGCCCUGUUUGUCACAAUGAAUCUCUUACUUCCCACAUUCUACACUUUCCCACAACACCCAGCAAUUUUCCUCAUUCAGUAAUUCUUGAUUUAAGGAUGUCUUUAGAACAUUUAGGUGUCUUUUGACCCAUCCGCCUCUAUGGCAGAUAACAAAAAUUGUUUUCUUGUAUAUGUGUAUUCUAUCAGUUACAUAAUGUAUCAUUAUUUUUACUUGUACCUCGGCACUUUCCAUAUGACUGAGAUUAAAACUGACUGAAAAGAUA